CAUACGUCAAUUUUCAUAUCAACAGUAAGGAAUGACUUUGAUCUCUGGUCUAGGGUUAAAUCAACCAUUCUCUUUAUGCAUGGUUGGAUAUUAGCUGUCAAAUUAAAAACCAGAAUUAGAACAAUAUUUUCUCAACAGUUUUUUUUUUAAAUAAUUAAGAUUAUUAAAAAGUAUUUUCAAAACCUUAUAUAUUCAUCAGCUCCAUGUACCUUUGAUCUCCCCUUCAUCUCCCCAGAAAAACCCCUUCUUCCUCUGCCUUUCCAUUCCAACUUCUCUGUACCUCACUCAAAAUCUGAACCUUUAUUGCAUUGAUUUUGGUGAAGUUUCGCGAAUUUCGUGUUCUAAAGGCUUCGUUUGGUGUUUGAUUACUGGAAGGAGCGGAAAGAGCUUACUUCUUUGAGUAAAGUUUUCAUCUUUAUGUCGGAAAAACUGACAAAAAUAGCUCAAAGUUUCUAUCUUUAAAGAGAGAGGACUUUUGAGUUUGUUGACAAGAAAAUCGUAAUUAAACCCAUUUUUCUUCUUCUUUUUGCCCAAAAUUUUGUUGAAUUUUGGGAUUUUUGAGGGGAGUCUUUGAGCGUUUAGAAAAAGUUGAUUUUUGUUGUGAGCUUGUUUGGCAAUGCAGACUCUGAUUCCUUGGAAGAACAAGGGUUAGGGGGGAGAAAAUGAUGGAUAACAAGAGGGGCCCUUGCUCUGUUGAUCAAGGAAGCUUUACUUCACUCUCACCCAAACGACACAAAGGCGAUCUUUCGAUCUCGCCCAAGGAGAGGAAAGAGAAGCUUAGUGAACGAAUAGUGGCUCUACAGCAGCUUGUUUCACCAUACGGAAAGACGGAUACGGCAUCUGUCCUGCUGGAGGCAAUGGAUUAUAUACGUUUCCUUCAUGAACAAGUUAAGGUGUUGAGUGCUCCUUAUCUCCAAAGUACUCCAACGGCUAAACUGCAGGAAGUUGAGCAAUGCAGUUUGAGAAAGAGGGGUUUGUGUCUUGUCCCGGUUGCUUAUACCAUAGGAGUUGCUCGCAGCAACGGUGCGGAUAUCUGGGCUCCUAUCAAGACGACUACAUCUCCCAAGUUUGGGAACUCUUUCUCAUGAUCAUAUUGACAUGAUUCAUACUAGGUCUUCUGUCUAUGGCAGGUGCAGCCAUCUAACCAAAUCUGUCCUGAUGAUGGUGUUGGUCAUAAAAUGUACCUAGAUGCAGUCCCACUGAUUUUAAGCUGGUUAUGGGAUCAAGUGCAAUCUGGUACAAUAAUAAUAUGUAAUUCUAUUCUGAUCAUGCAACAUGUAAUUAGGCAUGGAUUUGUGGACAAACAAAUUAAUUAAUGAAUACAUGGAGGGGGAAAUUAUGGCUUGUUUCUUUGUUUGAA